AUGAGCACGAGGUAUAUGGACUUGCUAAACGAGCAACAGGGUUAUCUAGAUGAAAAUUAUAAUCUGGCGCAAGAAGUUCUAGAUAUUCUUGAUGGUCUGGCUAAUGAAGAGAAAAGCGAUGAGGACAAGAUAGCAUUGCUGAAAAGCCUCAAAAAGGGAAGUGAUGAGCUAUUCAGCUCCCUUAUCAAUCUAAGAAUUAAUAAUAUUAAUAGUAUUGAAAGCUAUAAUACUAAAAUGAAAAUUGGGCCCUCAUCGGAUGUUGCUAAGAGUAAGUUAAAGGUUAGUCCAACAGACUUGGGGAACCCGGAUAACCUUUAUAAUUACUUAAAGGAGCUACGACUACUAAAUUUUGAGUGGAUGAAGCACUUGAAGCUGCUGAAUGAUUUUUCUACAGACAUGAGUUUUCCUAUAGCGAACCAGGAGGGCACGGAUCACAUAGUUGUGAACCGUGAACACUUUCCUGCGGAGCUUCUACCGGUUUUGGAGCGAUAUGACCAGCACGGGGAAGCCGUGGAUGACACUAUGAAGCUUCGUUCAGAGAUGAUGCAGUAUUUUGAGAAUAUUCGGUCAACGAGAGCGAAGUAUCACUUGGAAAACAAGUACCUAAUAGCAACUAGUCUGAAGGAGUUGACCAAGAGUGUUGCAGCAUGGAGCUCCAAGUGGGAAAAUUUGGAAUCGCUACUUUUUGGUGAUAAUCCGAAUUCUAUUAGGAAACUCUUGCAAUCGGUUCAGUCUAUCAAAGCGUCAAUUCCACAAGAGAGCAAAAUGGACGUUGAAAUGGAGUGA